AUGGCCAGAGACAACGGUUCUCCUCCCUCCCGCAACGUGACCGUCAGUGUGUUCGUAUCGGAUGUGAAUGACAACUCUCCUCAGAUCCUCCAGGCCGUUUAUAAAGCACGUCUGCCUGAAAACUCUCCUGCAGGUACCAUCGUGAUUAAUGUUAGUGCGAAUGACGCAGAUGAAGGAGUAAAUGGAGACGUUACAUAUCACUUUGGUCACGUUUCUGAUGACGAUGUAAAUGUAUUUUCUAUUGAUUCUAAAACUGGAGAAAUUAAAGUAACUGGCGUGAUUGACUUUGAAGAAAGGAGUUCUUUUGAAAUGAGAGUGAAAGCUAAAGAUGGUUUAGGACUCACCUCUUACGCACAAGUUAUAAUAGAUGUUACUGAUUUAAAUGAUAACGCUCCUGUUAUAUAUCUGAAAUCACUGACUAGCCCGAUACCUGAGAACGUGUCACCUGGUACAGAGGUGGGCAUCAUCAACGUGCAGGAUAGAGACUCUGAGGCUAACAGACAGGUCCGCUGCUCCAUUCAGCAACACGUCCCCUUUAAGUUGGUUCCUUCUAUUAAAAACUAUUAUUCUCUGGUGACCACAGGACAACUGGACCGUGAACUAGAGUCUGAUUACAACAUUACAAUCACUGCCACUGACGAGGGCUCUCCACCUCUGUCCUCCUCUAAAACUGUCCAGCUGUCUGUAGCAGACAUUAACGACAACCCACCUGUGUUUGAGGAACAGUCCUACAGCGCUUAUGUGACUGAAAAUAACAAACCUGGCUCCACGUUAUGUUCCGUUACCGCUCGAGACCCCGACUGGAGACAAAACGGUACCGUGGUUUAUUCUCUGUUACCUGGGGAGGUGAACGGCGCCCCGGUGUCCUCCUAUCUCUCUGUUAACGGAGACACGGGGGUGAUGCACGCUGUGAGGUCGUUUGAUUAUGAACAGUUCAGGAGUUUUAAAGUGCACGUGAUGGCCAGAGACAACGGUUCUCCUCCGCUCAGCAGCAACGUGACCGUCAGUGUGUUCGUAUCGGAUGUGAAUGACAACUCUCAGAUACUGUACCCCGCCCCGGAGGGCAACUCCUUCAUGACCGAGCUGGUCCCCAAAGCUGCACACGGAGGCUCUCUGGUGUCCAAAGUGAUCGCGGUGGACGCGGACUCCGGGCAGAACGCCUGGCUGUCCUAUCAUAUAGUCAAAUCCACUGAUCCGGGUCUUUUCACUAUCGGUCUCCACAGCGGAGAGAUCAGGACCCAGCGGGACAUUUCUGAGUCUGACAGCAUGAAACAGAACCUCAUUGUGUCGGUUAAGGAUAACGGACAGCCCUCUCUCUCUGCCACCUGCUCCAUGUAUUUACUUAUUUCUGAUAACUUGGCUGAGGUGCCAGAACUGAAGGAUAUUUCUUAUGACGAGAAGAACUCCAAACUGACCUUAUCUUAUCUGAUCAUCGCGCUGGUGUCCGUGUCCACAUUUUUUCUGACCUUCAUCAUCAUCAUCCUGGGUGUGAGGUUCUGUCGCAGGAGAAAGCCCAGACUGUUGUUUGAUCGAGCAGUUGCCAUCCCCAGCGCGUAUCUCCCUCCUAAUUACGCAGACGUUGACGGCACAGGAACUUUACGCAGCGCCUACAAUUAUGACGCGUAUCUGACAACAGGUUCUCGAACCAGUGACUUUAAGUUCGUGAGUUCUUACAAUGACAACACACUGCCUGCUGACCAGACCCUGAGGAAAAGUCCAUCAGACUUCGCUGAUGCGUUUGGGGACUGUGAUGAUUCUUCUGAGCCAAUUUAG